AUGCCGUCCCAACAAUCUGCCCAAGGAGCACCACUUGGCCCCUCCUCGAGCCGUCAAGGCUCUUCCCGCGUUGCCCGCUCACAGCCCGAUCCCAUCCAGCGUAGCAGCCUUGAUCCACUGGGUCUCAGCAUCGAGGACCAAGUAUUGCGUCCGCUGGCGUACGAGCUCGUGCUUUCCAGUUCAGACUUGGGCAACACAGCUCUCUUGAAUCGUCAUGAUGGUGCCCCUCCGUGGUUUGAGGUGCAUACCCUGGUCGUUCCUGUCCCAACUUUUACCACUACUCCCCCAGAUGGGGAUGUACCCGAUGAUGCGACAAAGGCAGACUCUGGAGUGGCUACGCGCCGUAUCAUCCGGAUCCGUCGUCGUCCGCACCACAGGCAACCAAAUGAUAGCGACGUGCUUUGUCUUCUUUGUGCAAUAUCUGACGCUGACAGAGACAUGACGAUUCAGUUCCCAGGUCAGCAACAACCGAUCAGAGUACGCAAGUUCUUUAAGCAGGGACUGAUCAACUCGGAUGUAUUUUCGUUCUCGGAUGCAAGAGGACAGAAAUGGGAGUGGAGGGAAAGACGAUAUGGGUACGAUUUUAGUUUGCACGAAGCCGACAAGCCGGAUUGGCACGUAAUAGCCCGUUACACGCAUGGAACCGGAACGAACAACCGACCAUACCUUGAGUACACUGCGCAAGGCCAUCUCAUGUUGGACUUCGUUGUCGCUACCUUCUUCGCCCUCGAAAAUAGCCUUGGUUCUCUUUCCGCUCGACCGAGUGUGAUGCGAGCUCUGUCGCGUGUCGGCUCGAUCCUGCGAUCACCCGGAACCGGUGAGGGGAGCAGGAACACGCCUAAUGGGAGCGAAGAAUUGUCUGGUGUGGUCCCAGAGCCGUUGCUGCCUUCCUGCCACGAGCUGGCUCAACUUCGGGGAUCGACCAGUAUCUCCAACCGGAUGGACGGCAUGUAUGCGCUCCCCGAGCCACGCCACAGCCUCCAUAGGCAAAGGGAAUAGUAUUUCGGGUGGUCCCGUUACUCAAAACCUAUUUCAAAAAACCGUUCGAUUUGUCGAACGUUGGACAACUUUCUUUCCCCACAAAUACUGAGGGCCUUGCUCUCAAUUUCUGUCUUCCCAUGCCGGUCAUGUUGUACCGUUAUCUAUACCUCCAAAAAAGCCCUCGUCGCUUACCCAUCUAUGGGUGGACUGUGGGUGCUGUUGUUGAUAUCCAAUGACAAAGAUGCUGCGUCGUGAUGAGCGAUGUAUGCAGGUUUA